GUCACAGGGUUUUGUAUAACUUUAAUGGGUAAUGAUGGUAGUUUAAAAAAAAUUAAUAUUAAACAUCUGCCACAUGGUCGUGGUAUUGGUGAUGGAGGCUUUGACACCAGAACAAAGAAGUCAGUUGGAGGUUACCCAGUUCAAAGACUUUCUCACGACAUAUAACAAUGUCACUGAGAAUUGCUUCACAGAGUGUGUGAAUGACUUCACUGCGAGAAGGCUAUCAAAACACGAGAAUGAGUGCUGCAUGAACUGUGUGGACAAGUACGUGAAAAUGAGUCAACGGAUUACUAUGAGAUUGCAGGAACACUUACAAAUGCAACAAACCAAUGCUCCAAAUGGAACUUCAUAGUGCACAGGUUAUUAAUUAGUGACAUUUAUUACUUAGCACAUGCACCUUUAUGAUUGUGAAAUAUUAUCACAUUGGAGAGUGUAAUGAAAAGAUAACGUGGUUUAGGAAUUAAGAUUAAAGUCGUGUACGAUGGAAUUUACUUCAUUACUCGCAAGAGAUGUAGUAAAUAACACAUCUUGAUUGUCCUAGUUGUCCUAGCAUAAUACAUUUUGUUUUGCCAUCAAGUUGUAUUGGUCGGAUACUAAAUAAAUCUCUAUAUUAAAAGGAGGCUUUAGGGAAGAUGAGGUAAUGCUUAUAGCACAUAAAAUAGAGGCUUACCUAAGUCGUCUUGUCACUCCGCUACAUAGCUAUAUACAUAUCUAGGCCUCCUCUUGUGCAAUGAACACAGACACAUGGCUGUUAUGAGAUUAUUAUUUUAGCACGCAUGCGCAUCAUAUAACUGUGACCUUUGGCCUUCAAUCUUUGCACGCUUGGACACUAUGACCUAGCAAGUAGCUAAAUGGCCGGUCAAAUAGGUUAAUAGCUCGGAAAUUGACCGAUACCCGACUGUUAUUUAUACCUCUGACUCAGAAGAGGUACACAGGCACGGUGCAGCUAUAGCAAUUAAUCUACAUUCCGCUCGUGUGGUAUAUUAUUGCUGAGUCAGCUAAUCUAAUACUAUUUGUGGGGAGCAAAUUAUACAGUGGUGGUGUUUAUUUUGUGUUCUUGUACACAAAUUGCUCAUUUGGGACCCGGGAACCUGGCCUUUAUAUCACAGUAGGCAGGCCGGGAUAGCUGCUAAGUUCCAUUAAAAUCUGUGGUGCGUCAAGUACUACUUCAGUCAAUAUUCAACAGAUACUGAUACAGGGGACCAUUUUGAAGGGACAAUGCUAGUAACUGUUUCAUUGGAUCUUCUUGGUUAAUGUUUAUGAUCCGAGAUAACUCCUCUCUUUUCUACCACUAGGAAACUAUCACAGUUUGUUUUUACAUGCAUUCACAGUUCUUCCUCUAGAUAAACACCUAUAGCACAAAGUACUGAUUGCAUACCGCUAAUUCUACACAUUAUAAUUAUUAUAUCACGGUGUCAAGAUAACAAGGCUGUAAUAACAGUCAUACAGUCCCUUCCGUGUUAUUUACUCGGUCGCGUAGCCAUGAGGCAUUGUUUGGUAAGGGGUUGUCGUAACAUAAAACACAUAAUUAUAGCAUGACAUUCUUUGCAAUACAGGCAGCUCGCCCUCGGGGCUGCGCCCUUAUCCUUGUGCCUGUGUAUUUCAUAAAACAGCUGGCUUCAUGCUGUAUCUAUUACAUACACCACUCUAAAGUCCACGUCCAUUACACACAAAUUACGUCCUUGGAUAGCUUAUAGCCUCGUUACAUUUAUCUGGUUGUCGACUAAUUAGAAAAAACUGAAUACAGCAUUAGAGCGGGUUGUUUAAUGUUUUCUACGUCACCAUUCUGAGCUACAGGUACAAAUGUUUUAGAAUACGAAAUAUUAAAACGUGCAUGGUAGUUCAUACGAACAUUUGCUCCAAUGAAAAUUACCCGCUACCAUUGUAACGGGAAAUUUUUGUGAGGUGCAAAAUUUCGCGUUUUUCGAGGGCAGAGCAGUUAACGCGAAAAUUAAAACUAGGAGAAACUCCCACGCACCGGUAUUUCACAUGCAAGCUCUUGGUGUGGUUUCUUGGCAUUUAAAUGCGAAUGUUACAACCGCGAACAUUUUUUUUGAGGGCUCUCGAGCCUAGCCGCGGUUACAAUGGCGUCAAUGCUAGUUGCUAUGCACAAAACCAGGGAACACUAUGAGUUUCGCUAGCGAAGCCUGCAGUUUUAUACGCUUUAGUAUUUACUAUAAAUCUAUUAGAAGCUAUGUACACGCCAAGAAAACAGUGGAUAACAACAGUAGAUGUUAUGUGCUUUUUGAGACUUCUGUAUUGUUUUUUUUUGCCUAUAGAUAAGUUAGUUAUUGACAGUUAUUGACUUGCUUGUUAAUAUAAAUUAUCAGUAUCUGAGUCAGGCGUUUUGUUCUUUUUAUACACUCUGUUGUUGAAUAAUCCAGCCAUGCAUCAUAAUAAAUGUUUGCCCUGUACUUAGUAAACCGUUAUCUACUCCUGCUAUGAUACCAUACACCUUAUCUCUUUCCUUGGCAAUCUGUUGUAGAAAUUACAACAAUGGGUAAGGAAUCGUUAUGAUGAAUUAGAUGAAGUUGUAUGUGAGCUCCUCCCUGACAAACAAACUGUAGUCUAGGUAACCGCCUUAUCAGUCAAGUAGGCUAAAAAUCUGUGUCCUUUGAUGUAAGCUUUGAUGUCUCUUUGUGCAUAUGUAGUUAUAAAAAAAAAAAAAAAAAAAAAAGAAAC